UUUUUAUUUUUUUCGUUGGUUUUUUCUUUUUCUUUUUCGAACUUAUAAAUGAUGAGUCCAUUUCAUUGUUAUUAUCGUGUUUCAUCCAGGUGAAUAACAAAAACCAUCAUCGUUGAGCCUGGAGCAUAGCUCUAGCGUAAGCUUAUUGGAUUGUAUCCCUGCCGGUCCUGCCACAUCUGCAGAGUACCCAUAUCUUCUCAGGAAGGAGUACAUGAAGGAUGGUGUUCCUUGUAAUUGGAGCUCCAUUGGCAUCAAGGCUGAGGUGACUGUCAGUUGUGUAUGCAUCGACGGACCAAUCAAGGAAUCUUCCUUGCAUGUGCUGUCACUGCAAGCCAUUGAGGUGUGGGUGGUGGCAGCAGGUUCAUGUUUGUGGUUCUAUUGGGGAUGGUGUUAGUUCUGAUGUGGCUCUUUCUGUUUGGACUGGGUGCCAAACUGGGGAGGUAAGUUUCAAUAAAGGCCUCCAUGACUUUUCCUCCAGUUUUGCCGCUACACUGUCAAUGAUUUUCCAACAAAUCGCUAUAAUCAUUGGCAGGUUGAACUGGUUGUGUAUGAUUCACAAGUUCCCAUUGGUGUGACUCUUGAAUACAUGGCUAGGCACUACAUGGUAAAUCUCCUAUUAAUAUACAUGCCAAGAUUUUAUUUAGGAAAAAAAAUAUCUACAGCUUAGUUCAUGUUUGGAUUUUAAUUUGAGCUUGAUAAUCACUACACCAAAAAGACCAUUUAGGAACGACCACGUAUUUGGUUCCGAAACGGUUCUAAAUUUUUAAGCCGUUCCCAAACCAAAGAAAAACCCUAUUUCCACCGCAGCCGCACCCAUUCUCUCUCUCUCUCUCUCUCUCCCUCACUCCCUCUCGAUCUCUCUCCCUGUCUCUCUCCCACUCCCUCCCUCUCGAUCUAUCUCCCUCCAGAUCUGUCUCCCUCUCUCUCCCACUCCCUCACUCCCUCCCUCUCGAUCUCUCUCCCUCUCUCUCUCCCGCUCCCUCACUCCCGAUCUCUGUCCAUCUCGAUCUCUGUAGCUGCAGAAGAUCGUAAAUUGAUCGACCUUCGCUCCAUCCACUUGUUUUCGAGCAGAAUUUCUGUCGUUCGACUGCUUUUGAGGCGUUGAAUCUUUGAUCUCGGAUUCCAUUUUCAUGAAAUAGGGUUUCGAUUCUCGAUCUCAGAUCCCAUUUUGGAGGUUAGUUUUGCCGAGAUUUGUUUUCUGGAUUGGUUUGGUGAUUUUCGUAUUAAUGUCUGCAUAUCUAGUGUUAUACUCUGCCAGGAGUAUCAAAUAACUCCUCAAAUGCUUGUAGAGAGAGGGUUAACAUUUUCUAUCUUGGAAGGAAGAAUCUUAUGUGAUCGGCCAAUCCAAAACUGAAAUCAUCUACUUCCCAAACCCAUCUCUCUCUCUCUCUCUCUCUCUCACAACAAAACCCAAACGAAAUGCAUCAAUAGCAACAGCGGUAGCAGCAGCAAUGGUGAGCUUCAACACCCUCUUCCCUUCCCCUCCUACUAACAUGCGCCCCGGGUGCAUUGAUGUUUCGGUUAUCUCUCAUUUUUCUCUUGGCAAGGUUUCUUUCAUUUCUAUAUCAAAGUGACAAUUUUGGAAAUAGCACAAAUAGAGGAAAUGAGUGGGCAUCCUUCAAAUACAAAUGGGUGUCGACCCAAGAAUCAAGGUGGAGGUUUGGCCAAGAAGGUUCACAUUCAACAAAAAGAUGGGCAAGAAAGAAAAUACAGCAACAGUCAACACUCAAUCAAAAUGCAAUGCAAGAGAGGGACUGGUUAUUAGCUGAAGUUGAAAGCCUUGCUGCCAAUUUAAUACUGGAGAUGGAUUUUGGUUUUUAUAGCAUUUGGUGGAGAUAUUACACGUCAUGUGUCCUACAUGCCUUUGCACGGGGAUGGCAAUGGCAAGCGAGCAUGAUCCUCGAAUUGACCCCUUCGAUUAGAGGCUGAUGGCACAAGCUUGCAUGAAUCUACUAGCUUCAUUUAUUGAA